AUGGACAGAGAGAAUCUUCCAAUUUAUCACCAUUGUCCUUAUAGUCUAUAAAAGGAAAUGCACAUCUAUUGAUCUGGUUUUAAUCAGGAGCCGACAAAUUCCCCGUCAAAGCUAUCUACAGGGCAGGAGUGGGGAUGAGCAAGCCAAAUGUUUCCAGAGGAAAGGAGGCACCUGAGAAAUGCACCGACCAGAUAGAUGGCAGUGGUAUGAGCUUGGGCCGUAAGAAAGGGGUGAAGGUCAGUGGGCGAUAUCUGGCACCAACCGACGCCGAGAGAAGAGGAGCCUCCGUGCCUCUAGUGCAGUCCACGGUCGCAGGCCCCAGCCCCAGCGAGAGCGCCACCAUCAUCUCCAUCGGGCCCCAACACCGAGGGCCCACGCUGUCCCCCGAGGCUUCCCGUCGCUCUCUCGCUCGACCCGACGGCAUGGGCUCACGAGACGACUGGUCCUCCAAGAGCAGGGCUCCCACUGGAGAGGCCAACGUGUCCAAACAAACCCUGGAGGAGCUCAAGAGCCUGCUGCGGGAGACGUCGCUCCUCACGCCCCGGGACCAGAAGGACGGGGUGCGGCCAGGGAGCCCUUACACAUACUUACACGGGAACAGAGGGGACAGUCAACAGGAGGAGAGCCCAGCCAGGUCAUUCUCUACUUUCAAGCCUCUCUCUGAGGGGAGUAGGAGAUUCCAAAGACCAGGGGAGAGGACUCCUUCUAGGACAGCUUCGGACUGGGACUCAAACACACCCUCUCGGACCGACGGAAGUACACGUCACUAUGUGAGAUCCCCCACCUGUGAGGCAACCAGCAUGGGAGAGACUUAUGGGUCACAAACAGAUAACACCAAGGAAAACUCAUCGGGAGACAAUCAUGGGCCUCAAAGUUUCAUCUCAGUAGUUGAACAGAUAAAGCAGCAGAUUGCCCGUGAAGAUGUCCACUUUGUUCGCUUUGAAGCUACAGACCUUCACGGAGUGUCCAGGUCCAAGAUAGUGCCUGCACGUUUCUUUCAUGAAAAAGCUGUUUAUGGAGUGCCAAUGCCUAGGAGCUACCUGGAGCUGACCUUGAGUUCAAAGGUCAAUGAAGUCGAUAACGCCUCCGUGGCUAACUUUAGCAGUGACAUUCUCCUGAUCCCCGACAUGUCGACGUUUAAGAUCCUGCCCUGGGCCAACCACACGGCCCGAGUCAUCUGUGACCCCUGCUCGGUGACGGGCGUCCCGCUCCGCACCUCGCCCCGUCUCAUGGCCAAGCAGCUCCUGGCUCAGCUGCAGACGUUGGGCUUCUCGCUGCACUCCUCCCUCACCUACGAGUGCUGCGUGCUGGGCCUGCCCGAGAGAGCGGGCCCCAAGGCCAUCUUCUUCCCCGCCACCACGCUGCUCAGCAACAACGACCUGCCUUUCCUCCACCAGCUCAUCACGGGCAUGUACUACAUGGGCGUGGACGUGGACAGCUUCGCCUCGGCGAGCGGCCCCGGGCAGAUGGAGAUCGCCCUGAAGCCCAAGUUUGGGAUCGAGGCGGCCGACAGCGCCUUCACCUUCCGCACGGGCAUCAAGGAGAUGGCCCGCAAGCACAACUACGUGGCCACCUUCUACACGGACGAGGGCAUCUACAACUCCGGGGUGUUCUCCCACAGCCUCUGGGACGCCAACGGCCGGAGGAGUCUGUUCCACACGGGAAGCGCCGACCUGUCGGACAUCGGCAGGAAGUGGCUGGCGGGCCUCCUGCACCACUCCGCCGCCAUCAGCUGUCUGAUGGCGCCGAGCAUCGGGUGCCGCGAGCAGCUCACGCGAGGAGUGAAGGACCAGAAGCGCACCUCCCUGUACGCCACAUGCGGCUGCAACGACAACAGCUGCGACUUCAACGUCAAGUUCCACGGCGGCAGGGAGACGCACAUCGACAACAAGCUGGGCUCAGCCAUGGCUAACCCGUACAUCGUGCUGGCGGCCACCGUGGCAGCUGGGUUGGAUGGGAUCAAGCGCAACCUGAGCUUUGAGCACAGCCUCAACAGGGCCCCCUCUCAGCAGAAACAGUUUGCCAUCCCCAUGAAGCUGGACGGGGCCCUGGAGGCGCUCGCCGAGGACAGCAUCAUCCGCGGGGCCCUCGGCGAGCCCUUUGUGCAGUACUUCGUUGCAAUGAAGAAGUUUGAAAUUGAGACUCAGGAACUAGAUGCAGAGAGGAACAAAAGCCUUGAGUACUUCAUUUAGAGACCUUUCACUUUGGUCGUGAGAUGUGACGAGGGCUUGUACUGAAUUUUUUCAGUCUUCUAUCAGAAUUUUUUUGAUGAUCAGAAUAAAUAUUCAAAAGAAACAUCA